CCUGAGGACUUCCUGAUGUUUUCGGUCAAGUGGCUUUCUGCACGUUUCUAGCUCCAUAUUGGGAUAUAUAGUUUGAUUUUUUACCAUGUCUGUUCUUUGUUAUAACAAGGGAUGUGGACAACGCUUCGAUCCAGAGAAUAAUCCUGACGAUGCAUGUACAUACCAUCCCGGUGUACCAGUUUUCCACGAUGCACUAAAGGGUUGGUCAUGUUGCAAACGACGAACAACCGACUUUUCGGAUUUCCUCAGCAUUGCUGGUUGUUCGAAAGGACCACACAACAAGGAGAAGCCUCCUGAGCCAGAGAAACCUGAGGGGAACAAGGAAGAUGGUGACAACCAAAAGACAUUUAAUGAGAGGGUCAUCCAAGCCCCCAAACCUUUAGAGGCUAUUCAGCGACCAAGUGGAGAUGAGCCCCUGGUCAGACUGCAACAAAAGGUCUCCUCAUCACUCAAGCAGGCCCUCGAGAAGCUCAAGAUCUCUCCAGAUGUGGAAGAGAAAAAAGAUGAGGAUGGAGAUGAAAUUAAGAUUGGAACCACUUGUAAGAACGGAGGCUGUACUAAGCUCUUCAAUGGACCGGAGAGCAAUGAGGAGGUGUGCCUGUAUCACGCUGGAUUCCCCAUCUUUCACGAAGGCAUGAAGUACUGGACCUGCUGCAAAAGGAAAACAUGCGAUUUUAACACCUUCCUCUCCCUCGAGGGAUGCACCCGGGGCACUCAUCUGUGGAGGAAGAAAGACAGUGGUAAGAAGGUGGUCCCCUGCAGGUUUGACUGGCACCAGACAGGAAGUCAGGUCAUCAUUUCCAUCUAUGCCAAAAACGCCAUCCCUGAACUGAGCUACGUGGAGGGAAACAGCACCACUGUUAAUAUUCACGUCAUAUUCGAGGGAGAGAAGGAGUUUGAGCAGAAGAUCAGUCUGUGGGGGGUUAUUGACACCAGCAGAAGCUCAGUGAACAUGAUGGCGUCCAAGAUCGAGGUCGCUAUGAAGAAAGCUGAACCCAUGUCCUGGGCGCGACUUGACCUUCCCCCAGUGGUUAACCUACCUCCCAAGAAAGAGAAGAAGGACAGUGACAGUGACAGUGACAGCGAAGACGAAUGUGAUGAUUAAACCAGCUUUUGGGCACACUUUAUUUUAAGUAACCUUCAGUACAAUGUACUAAAUAGUUAAGUAAGUAAUACGUUUGCUGUACAUUUUAGGUAUGGUGCUAUAUGAUGAAUUCACGGUUAAUGUAGGCUUGGGAUUGUUAAUACUUAACAGCAUGUACUUACACAAGAAAGAGCCUUUAUUACUUAAACUACUUAAGUACAUUUGUAUCUAAAGUUACUUCAGUAAAGUGUGACCCAUCCUUUUAAAAUAUGGGAGGAGGGAAUGAUGAUUGUUCUGAUUGUUUGUGUGGUCCUCUCUUUAUGUGGAGCUGAGCGCCAAUCCAUAGGGUGUUGCAUUUCUCUCCAGCAUGACAGAUAUUGUUGAAGGAACGAUGAAUUCUGUGCAGGAAUGUUUGUCGUUUGCUCAUCACUUUCCUCAUCACAGCUUUUGAAGCAGACCAAAACAAAUGGCAUUCCAUACAGUACCUCCAUGAUUAAGUCCACUGGAAGUCAGUCUUAUCCCUGAUUUUACCCCCACCACUGCACUUUCUCAUCACUGCGUUUUCUCAUCAUUGUCUAUUGUCUGACAUGUUUGCAUUCCAGUAGUACGUUUCUCUGAAUGAACCAAUUAAAGGUUUUUAAAUGAA